GUGCGGCUCGGCGAGACCAAGGUGAUGGCUGCGGUCAGCGCGGAGCUGGUCGAGCCCUUUGCCGACCGGCCGACUGAGGGGCAGCUCCUCUUCUUCGUCGAGCUCUCGCCGAUGGCCUCUCCGGCGUACGAGCCCGGCCGGCCGUCCGACUCCGCCGUCGAGCUCGUGCGGCUGCUCGAGCGGGCCUUCCGCAAGGCGCAGGCGGUGGACGUCGAGGCGCUCUGCAUCGUCGCGGGCAAGCGCGUCUGGUCCAUCCGCUGCGACGUGACGCUCCUCGACGACCGCGGCAACGCCGCCGACGCGGCGUGCACCGCCGCGCUCGGCGCGCUGCUCCACUUUCGGCUCCCGGCGGUGAGCAUCGUCGGCAGCGGGUCCGAGGCGGCGGUGAAGGUGCUCCCUCCCGAGCAGGCCGAGCCCACGAAGCUCGUCUUUCAUCACAUGCCUGUCUCGACCACGCUCGGCCUCUUCCGGCCGGCGGGAGGGGGCGGCGGCGGCGGCGGCGGCGGCGGGAGCGGCGGCGGCGGGGGCGGCUCCGCCGCCGUGCUGGCUGUCGACCCGACGGACCGCGAGGAGCUCGUCGAGGAGGGGCGGCUCGUGGUAGUGACAAACCAGUACGACGAGCUCUGCGCGCUGCACAAGCUCGGGGGGCUACCCGCGCACCAGGCGGGGGCGGGCUGGGCGGCGGGCGGCGGGCGCGCGGGUGCGCGGGACACGUCCGGGACGCGUCCGCCCCACGCGCCGUAG